AUGAAAGAGGUGCAAGGGGCUGUGGCGGACCUCAUCGGCGCCUGGGCGCCCCCUGCUAGGAGGAUGAAGCACUUCAUAGUUUUAGCGUCAUUUGUGCUGCUGGCAUUAGCACAAAACACAUUGGAUUUACAGCAAGAGAUGCAAUGCCCUCAAUAUUGGAUUCGGUUUCAGACUUCAUGUUAUAGGUUCAUAAAAUCACCUUUACGUUCUCGAAAUGAUGCCAGGAAAAACUGUCAGGCAUAUGAUUCCGAUCUUCUGAGUGUGAAUGGCUUGGAAGAACAUGGUUUCAUUGUAUACCAACUGCUUUGGCAAGAUCCUCAGCAUAGGCGAUGGUAUACUAGCGCACGUCAGCAGAGCUUGGAUUAUUGGAUUAACGAUGGUGACAAUUCACAGCUUGUUAACAUGGAUGCUGCAUUUUUGCCUCAUCAAGACUCGACACACAACAAGGAUUACCUUGUGUACAGCUUUUCUUCCGAAUUGAAGAAGUGGGGUUUUGAAUAUGUGACUGGUAAUGAGCCUUUGCUAUUCAUUUGUGAGGCACCAGUGACCAAGUUGCACUAUCUAGUUGUGGAUGAUCGCACAUACACUUAUGGAGUUGAUGUUGAUGAUCCUGAGAGGAUUCCACGUGGCCCAUUUUUUAUUCGACAACCUCGUGAUGUUGUUUACGAUUUAUCAAAAAGUCAAAUUGCAAAUGACGUUUCUUUGAGCUGUUUAGCUGGAGGCUAUCCAUCUCCUACUUACGAAUGGUUUAAAGAAGAAUAUCAUAAUGAUCGUCUUGUUUCUACACGUAUUGAUCCUUUGAGUGAUAGACGAUAUACUGUUAGUGGUGGAGUCCUGAUUAUUAAUGAACCAGAUCGAACACGUGACAAGGGAACCUACCACUGUAAAGCUAAGAAUAAAUAUGGAAUUAUCAGGUCUGAGAGUGUUACUUUGAAGUUUGGCCAUAUUGCAGAGUUCAACCUCAAAAGAUCACCAGAGACUGGCAAUCAGAAUUGGGGCAAAGUUCUCUAUUGUGAUCCACCGACUUUUUAUCCGUCUGUGAAUUAUUACUGGGCACGUGAUAAAUUCCCAAACUUAGUAGAAGAAGAUAAACGAGUUUUUGUAUCUUAUGAUGGAGGCUUGUAUUUCUCUGCUCUUGAAAAUAUUGAUUAUGGCAAUUAUAGUUGUAAUGUGCAGAGUAAUGUGUCAGAUAAAGGUCGCAAUGGACCCAUAUUUGAACUUAGAGUACAUCCAAACUCUAAUUAUCAACAAUUGAAGUUUCCGAACAAUUUUCCUAAGGCAUUUCCUGAAGCCCCUGUUGCUGGGAGGGAAGUGCGUCUGGAAUGCAUAGCAUUUGGAUAUCCUGUGCCUUCAUAUAAUUGGACACGCCGUGGUGCAAGUUUACCUCGAGGUUCUAUAACUUUAAAUUACAAUAGGGUUCUUAUUAUCCCUCAUGUGCGAGUGGAAGAUCAAGGAGAAUAUGUAUGCCGUGCACAGAAUGAACGAUUGUUUAUUGAAAACAGUGUUAUUUUAUCCAUUCAAGCUGAACCAAAUUUCACCAUUCCUCUUUCGGAUAGGCACAUGGAUAAUAAGGCAGAUUUAACUUGGACAUGUGAAGCCUUUGGAAUACCUGAUGUGAACUACACAUGGUUUAGAAAUGGGGAAAUUCUCGACAUAGUCAAUCUGCCUAUUGAGGACAAGGAUCGUUAUAGUGUUGUUGACAAUGUAUUAACCAUACGUUACUUGGAUCCUGAGAGAGAUCAAGCUAUGUAUCAGUGUCGUGCCACACUAAAACCUUCAUUCAAAAAGAGACCUUUAGAACUGGAAAGCUAUGCAGCAGAAGGAGGAAACAUCACUAUUCGGUGCAACCCAGAAGCUGCUCCAAGGCCAAAAUUUGUGUGGAAAAAAGAUGGCAGUGUAUUAGGAUCGGGUGGUAGACGACGGAUUCUUGAAAAUGGUAACAUGUUUAUCAGUCAUGUGUCACGAGAUGAUGCAGGUGUCUACACAUGUAGUGCACAAAAUACAUAUGGUUCUGAUGAAAGCAGUGGCCGUCUCAUUGUUUUAAGAGGCCCUAGAUUUGAGCAGCGAAUGGUGCCCCAGAUCACUACUUCAGUUGCUCAAGAUGUUGAGUUAAGGUGCCAAGCAUUAUCAGAGGAAAUUUUGGAUUUGGCAUACAUUUGGACUCAUAAUGGCUUAAGAAUUAGGGAUGUAGAUGUUCAGCGUGGUAGAAUGGAUAUUCAUGGGGGGAUGCUGAAUAUACGAAAUGCAUCAUUAGCUGAAGCUGGAGAUUAUGAGUGCAUAGUGAAAAGUGCUGUCGGCCGAAUUUCCAGUAAAACUACUGUUCUUAUCAGAGGUCCUCCUGGACCACCAGGUGGUGUUCAGGUAAUGAAAGUAACUAGCACAUCUGCCACAAUUGAGUGGACAGAUGGAGCCGAAAAUGGCCGCCCCAUUAUUAUGUAUUCCAUUUCUGGCCGCACCAACUGGAACAAGACAUGGGUAGACCUUGUCCAGAAUAUUACAGCUAGGGAAAUAAAUCGUAACAAUGGGCGUAAAGAAGCUCAUAUAGAAAAUGUAUUGUCACCGUGGUCACGUUAUGAGUUCCGUGUAGCUGCAAGCAAUGAUCUGGGUUAUGGACCCCCUUCAGCACCUUCUCCAUUGCACAACACUCCUGCAGCCAAGCCCUACAAAGCUCCUUCAAAUGUUGGUGGAGGAGGAGGCAAAAUAGGAGAUCUUACCAUCACUUGGGAGCCUCUAGCAUCUGAAGAUCAAAAUGGCCAUGGUAUUUACUACAAAAUUUUCUGGCGUCAUAAAGAGCGUGAUACAGAGUAUCAAACUUUAGAAUUGAAAAAUGAAGGUAAUAUUGGUAUUGCUGUGGUUUCUAUAAAAGCUGAUGAUUAUUACACAAAAUAUGAAGUAAAAGUACAGGCUGCUAAUGAUUUGGGAUAUGGACCAGAGUCUGCACCAGUAAUUAUCUACAGUGCUGAAGAUAUGCCUCAGGAGCCUGUGAGCUCAGUGAUUGCCUAUUCAUUUAACUCUACUGCUUUGAACGUGAGCUGGUCGCCAGUGGACCAAUCUCGAGAAAAAAUUCGAGGAAAACUUAUUGGCCACCGACUCAAGUACUGGAAGGAUGGUAUUCCUGAAGAAAAUGCUGUGUAUUACCUCAGCCGAAGUACACGUCCCUGGGCUCUGAUUGUUGGUUUACAGCCUGAUACAUACUAUUAUGUUAAAGUCAUGGCUUACAAUUCAGCAGGGGAAGGUCCAGAGAGCCAGUUCGUAAUAGAACGAACGUACAGGAAAGCACCCCAGAAACCACCUUCGUCCGUGCACGUCAAGGGAAUCAACCCAUCGACUGUGAAGGUGACAUGGCGUUAUGUGGCUCCCAGUCUGGAGGAGGAGCCUCUUCAAGGCUACAAGGUGCGAGUCUGGGAGGUAGAUCAAGAUAUGAGCACAGCUAAUGACACAAUAAUUGGUGUUGGUUCCAAAUUGGAAGCCUAUGUUUCAAAUCUCUCUCCUGGGAAAGCAUACCAUAUGAGGGUUCUUGCCUUCUCCAAUGGAGGAGAUGGACGCAUGUCUUCUCCAGCACUUACUUUCCAAAUGGGUAAGGCAGAAAAUUUCAGAAACGUCCAUUCAUUUUAUUCAGUGGAAGAGAUGUCUUCUAGUUCUCGAUUCUUCUUUUCAAUUUUGUGUAAGAAAAGAGAAAAAAAGGCAAAGAAGACAUUAUCACUUUUUAAUCUAAAAUUCUGGAUCCAACAUUGGAUGUGGAAUCUUCUUUCAUACUUCUCAAAACAGUUUGGUCCUUUGGAAACAGUCAAUUGA